UAAAGUUUGUUAUGCCAUGACGAUCAAUAAAAGUCAAGGCCAAACCCUACAAACAGUUGGAAUCUACUUAAAAACACCAGUGUUCAGCCAUGAUCAACUAUAUGUUGCUGUUUCGCGUACUACUUCUAGAAAAGGCUUGAAAAUCCUAAUAGAAGACGACCAUGGAGUGUGUACCAAUCAAACAAAAAAUAUUGUUUACAAAGAAAUUUUAUCUGCGAUAGCCCAAGCACCAGUGUAGCAAGGGGUCAUUUGUCUAUAGUUUUCCCCUCUCUUCUCUUUUUGUUUACAUAUGGAUGUAGCAAGAAGUAAUAGUAGAUAUUACUGUGCCCUGUUACCGUAUUUGUCUGUGACUGCUUCUCUUCCUAUUCACAUAUGUAUAUAAGAAAUGGUACCACUAAAUAUUACUAUGACUUACUGCAGUAUUUAAUUUCUCUUGCUUACAGUACAUUUUCCUCAUACUUGCCUGGUUAUGGCUUCUUCUAUAUUCUGCUCACAUUCUUCAACAUAAGUUUGCCAGCAUUUUCUUCUCAUUUGCUAAAGAACUGAUUCUACGUCUUAUGAUUUUACUACAACAUUAGCUCUACAAAUCAGUGGCACUAUUAUAUAUGUUACAAUUGCUUCUCCUAACAGCUAGCCGUCUAUUUUCUCUCCAAAUAUAAGAUGCUGUUUGCCACUCUUGCUGGUUUGGAACCUCGUGAUCGUUUCGCAACGAUCUGCGUCAAGGUUGUGCGAAAAUGGGAAUACAGGGGACCUGCUGAUGAUGGAGCCAUUCUUCAUAUUGACCUUGUACUUGCCGACCAAGAGCGUAAUGCAAUGUACGCAGAGAUUCCUCAUGACGUGGUAGACGAUUUCAAUGCACAAGUUGAAGAAGGUGAAAUUUAUGUCAUCAGCCGUUUCAGGAUUACCAAUGCCAAAAACUUUUUCAGAGCUGUUGAAGGCCGCUAUAUGAUAGAGUUCACAUAUCACACAAGGGUAGCAGUUGCAAGAGAUCCUCCUCGUGGUUUCCCAAAAUAUGUUUACAGCCUCACUCCUUUUCAUCAGCUGCCUGACCUUGUUGGGAACUGCAGAAAAUUUCUAGAUGUACUUGGCCUGGUGACUGAAGUAAGUGAGAUUCAGCCAGUUGAGGUUUCCCCUAACCAGAAUCCAACCAUUACAAGGAAGCUUACUCUAAGAGAUGCAAGAGAUGUCGAAAUGAGUAUGACUUUAUGGGGCCAAUGA